AUGCCUGUCCCUCUCCUCCCACCCCAACACCCCAAAACCACGCCAGCCGACCUCCUGAGUUCGCGCUUCGUCCCAAUCCAGAAAAGGCUGCUCUCCCACCUCUCAAUCGCCGAGAUCGCGGCACUAAAGCAGACCUCGAAGGCCUUCGCCGACAUGUCGAGCACGCUCAAUGCGACAGACUACAACAUCAACACCAAGCUGAAGAAGUUCUUCAGCGAUCCCAAGGCCUUCCGUUCAGUGCAAGCGAAUUGCAACGCACUUCUCGGCGGCCUCUUCGCGCAGCGCUUCUUCGCUCGGGACAAGGAACUUCCGGACAAAAUCGAGAUCUACGUCCAGACGAACAAGGUUCGCCUUCUGCGCGACUACCUCAUAGCCGAAGGCUACAAGGACACUGUUCCGGCCAUGGCCAAACCCGAGGGCAGCGAGUCCGAGCCCGAUCCAGAUUCCCACUUCAACGCCGAGGAAGAAGAAGAAGACUCAGAGGAUCCCGACAAAAGCCCCGGGAAGCAUUUCAAGAAAGACACCGCAGCCGGAAAGCAGGUCCAUAUGCAGCUGAACUGGAGCGGCAACCCGCCGAUCUACAAGCUGCUUACCGAGGCGCCUACGACCGCGGCGCUCAACUUCCUCUCGUGGAAUAGGGCAUACGCGCUGUUUCCAUCUACCACUUUCAUCCAGAAAGACGUGUAUCUGCUGCUCAAGCUAGACGACGCUAUGGGAGAACAUCUCGCUCAGCUCGCCGAGCACGGGUUGCAUACGAAGAGCGUGCACUGGAAUCAGCGAGAACGGGAAGGCAACGCGUGGUGUGCGCUGUUUGCCGGCAACUCUGACAUCAUGACUCGUUUGCGGCGCGUAGGGGAUAAAUAUACGUGGACGAUCGACCUCGAUACUAACGGCGUGGUAUCCGAAACUCCAGCCAAGGUCCUGGAGCAGACAACUUUCAAGCUGCAGCUCCCGGGAAAGCAGUGGCCUGACGCACACGAGAUGGUCCCAGUACCGCGAUACAUGAUGGGGCCAAUGUGGUGGUUACGGUGUCCUGUUCUGAAGCACGGAUACGUGGCGGUUGACGACUCCAUCGGGGAUGAAAACAUCCCGCACUCGAAGUACAGGGAUAAGGUCGACAGCUUGAUAGACCGGCUGCGCGAGCUUACGAUGAUCGAACUCGUCAAGAUCCCGAAGGAUAAGCGGCCCUCGGUAUACGCGCCUCUGCGGGAUGGUCAGAUGGAGGCUGAGGAGCUGUGUGGGCGGUUUGAGUUACCGGAGAGCUGGUCGUUCUACGAUGAUGACGUCCUGCGGUUUUUGGAGGAGGCAUGGGCGGACGAGCAGGUCCAAGAACUCGUGGAGGCGAGCGAGAAGGUGGAGGAGAAGCCGGAUACUGAAAAGAGCUGA